UCGCAGGCAUUUGGCAUGCCCGGCGCCGUGGUUGUGGCGGAUGCCACCUCGUCCAGCUAUUAUGCCAGCCUGCUGAACAUGUCGCCGGCAACAACCAGCCUGAUCACGGCGGCAGCUGCGACCAAGUCCUACAAUGAUAGCUUGCUGCGCUGGGAUCAACUGGAUGGCAAUGUGGACUUUGGCUUCGAUCCGCUCUAUCGCCACUCGCUGGCCAUGUCCAUUGUCUAUUGUGUCGCCUAUAUUGUGGUCUUUCUCGUGGGACUCAUUGGCAACAGCUUCGUGAUUGCCGUCGUCCUGCGUGCCCCACGUAUGCGCACCGUGACCAACUACUUCAUUGUCAAUCUCGCCAUUGCCGACAUCCUGGUGAUUGUCUUCUGUCUGCCCGCCACGCUAAUUGGCAACCUUUUUGUGCCGUGGAUGCUCGGCUGGCUGAUGUGCAAGUUUGUGCCCUACAUACAGGGUGUCUCCGUAGCAGCUUCGGUUUACAGCUUAAUUGCCGUCUCGCUAGACAGGUUCAUUGCCAUCUGGUGGCCAUUGAAGCAGAUGACAAAGCGACGUGCACGCAUCAUGAUAAUCGGCAUUUGGGUAAUCGCAUUGGUAACCACCAUCCCGUGGCUAUUGUUCUUCGAUUUGGUGCCCGCGGAGGAGGUCUUCUCGGAUGCUCUCGUCUCCACCUAUGCGCAGCCGCAGUAUUUGUGCCAGGAGGUCUGGCCACCGGGCACCGAUGGCAAUUUGUACUUUCUGCUGGCCAAUUUGGUGGCCUGCUAUUUGCUGCCGAUGUCGCUGAUAACAUUGUGCUACGUUCUGAUUUGGAUCAAGGUCUCGACGCGCAGCAUACCUGGCGAGCUGUCCAAGGACGCACAGAUGGACCGCAUGCAGCAGAAGAGCAAGGUGAAGGUCAUCAAAAUGCUGGUCGCCGUUGUCAUAUUGUUUGUGUUGUCCUGGCUGCCGCUCUAUGUGAUUUUUGCGCGCAUCAAGUUCGGCUCGGACAUAUCGCAGGAGGAGUUCGAGAUACUCAAGAAGGUGAUGCCGCUGGCCCAGUGGCUCGGCUCCUCGAAUAGCUGCAUCAAUCCCAUUCUCUACUCGGUCAACAAGAAAUAUCGACGCGGCUUUGCGGCCAUCAUCAAGUCGCGCAGCUGCUGCGGCAGACUCAGAUACUAUGACAAUGUGGCGAUUGCCUCGUCUACGACCAGCACAAGGAAGUCCUCGCACUAUCAUCCGAAUGGCUCGCGCAAGAGUCCCAGCAGCCCGGGUCUGAGGAAGACCAACGCCGUCUCGUACAUUUACGAGCACAACUCGCUGCGGCGCCACAAUCUGAUGAUGAAGCAGGACAGCAAUUUGUCGCAGCAGAUGCUGCUCAAGCAGGACUCGCACGGCUCACGGCAGUUCCUCAUCAAGCAGGAGAGCUCCUGCAGCGACGCCUCCGGCACGCGUCGCCUGCUCUGCCAGCAGGACAGCAACGGCAGCAAGGUGUCGCUCUCCAAGCAGGACUCGAUUGUCUCCUACAUGGAAUCGCGCCGCGUCGCCGCACUCGCCGCCCAGGAGCGCUCCGUGGACUCGGCGCUCACCCAACAGGAUACCAUAUCGAUUGAGUCGCGUCGCGGCGUGGCCACAGCCACGCCCGCAUCCCUGCUGGACAAGCGGCAGAAGUUCGUCAAACAGGAUUCGGUGAUUAGCUUUGUGGACCAGCGACCGGAGCCACGGCGCCAUCAGCUGGUCAAGCAGGACUCGGUCAUCUCGUUUGCCGACCAGCGACGCGGUCUGCUCCACAAACAGGACUCGCUGAUGACCAACCGGUCCAGCGAUGCGCCCACACACCAUGUCUCCAUACUGAAGAAGACCGAUUCGCAGCUCAGCUACGGCACCGGCACCUCCUCCUCCUCCUCCUCCGCCUCGCCCCGCCGCAACGUCGAGCUGUAUGAGUAG